UGUGGUAAAAAAGAACAAAAAAGGAGCUUCCUGGAAAUUCACAUUGGACUGCACUCACCCCGUGGAGGAUGGCAUUCUAGACUCAGCUAAUUUUGGUUCCCUUCCCUAGUUUAAUGCCUAGGGCUCUCUUCCCUAGUGGGGUCAUUUUGUUUUAUCACAAACAGGAGACAUUUCUGAGAGAAAAGGUGAAAGUUAAUGGCAAAACAGGCAAUCUUGGCAACAUAAUUCAGAUUGCUCGCCAAAAGAACAAGAUCACAGUGACAUCAGAAAAGCAGUUCUCCAAGAGGUAUCUGAAGUACCUCACAAAGAAGUACUUGAAAAAGAAUAAUCUUCGAGACUGGCUGAGAGUGGUGGCCUCCGACAAGGAGAGCUAUGAGCUGCGCUACUUCCAGAUCAGCCAAGAUGAAGAGUCGGAGACUGACGAGUGAAGGUUUAGUUUGUGGGCAAGAGUGGUGUAUUGAAAUCCUGUAGUAGUCACAUCUAUGUCGAGUUUUAUGAUUGUAAAUAAAUUUAUGGAUAUGCACCAAA